AUGACCGUGCCUGGGGUGCUGCUCAUCCUGCUCCUGCUGCAAGGGGGGUUUCCAGGGGCUGCUGGUGACACUGUGACUCUGAAGGAAGGAGAAAACCUCAAACUUCACUGCACCUUCAGCAGCAGCAAUGCUACCCUGCAGUGGUUAAACCCCGCUGGUUUCACCAUUUUCCUCAACGCUCUGCAGGUUUUAAGAGACCAGAGGUACAAACUCCUCCAUUACUCCAAGGGUGAAUUAUCCAUCCAACUGUCCAACGUGACAGUGCAGGAUGGAGGAAUUUACAGCUGCUUCCACUACAGCAGCCACUUCCAAAGCAAGAGGCACAACGUUCAGAUUUUGGCUGCUCCUUCCCAUCCAGUGCUGGAAGUGUCCCAGGAUGCAGGAAGAGGCAUCAAACUCUCCUGCUACACCCAGGGCAGCAAACCCCAGCCCCAGAUCUCCUGGCUGUUGGACAAUGGGAUAGAGCUCUCAGGUGACACCAGGCACCAGCUGGGAGCUGAUGGCAAGAAAUGGAGCACAAGCAGCACACUGAGGAUCCUCAGCUACACCCCCCAGGGGACAGCCAGCUGCAUCCUCCAGCACCCUGCCCUCGGGGGAGAGAGGCUGGUGGCAUCUCUCCCCUUCCAGGACCUCCCCAGCCCAGGCUGCAAACAACCAGCCAGACUUCCAGAGGGUGCAGAAGGUCCCAGCCCUUCAGAGAAUCCAGCAGGUACCAUCCCUUCUGCAUCCCCAGGGAAUCCAGGAGUUUCCAGCCCUUCUUCAUCCCCAGAGAAUCCAGAAGUUUCUAUCCCUUCUGCAUCCCCAGAGAAUCCAGCAGGUACCAGCCCUUCUGCAUCCCCAAAAGAUCCAGAAGUUUCAAUUCCCAGCCCCUCUGCAUCUCCAAAUGAUCCAGAAGUUUCCAGCCCUUCUGCAUCCCCAGGGAAUCCAGAAGUUUCCAGCCCUUCUGCAUCUCCAAAUGAUCCAGAAUUUUCCAUCCCUUCUUCAUCCCCAGAGAAUCCACAAGUUCCCAGCUCAGCACCGACACCAGCCCAGCCAAACCUCACAGAUGUCACAUCCAGUGGGACAGAAACGACACCCAGUGGGAAUGGCACCGAGGAGGAAGCUCCCAGGACAGAGGUGCCACCCCCACAUGAAAACAUCACAGGGAUUUCCCCCCUCACCCUGGAGCAAGAUCCUGAAUCCAAGGGCAUUGUGAAGAAGGAGAAGAAUCUCCUGCUGCCCAUGCUGGUGGCUGCUCUGAUUUUUGUGCUGCUCAUCAUUGUCCUGCUGUUCUUGGUGAAGCUGAAGAAAGCCCACGGAGUGUGGAAGAGAGAAAAUGAUGUUUCAGAGCAGACACUGGAGAGUUAUAAAUCCAGAUCUAACGAAGACAGUCCAGGCCACGAGAGGAAUGGACAAGCUGUAAAUCCCAAAUCCAACAUGCAAUAUAUAACAGAAGAACAUGUGGAACCACCAGAGAAGAAUCCAGAAACCCCAGAGAAGAAUCCAGAAACCCCAGAGAAGAAUCCAGGUGCCAAAAUCAUGGCAAUAAGUGAGAAAAUAUUUCAGUGUGGAAGGGAGACAGAUGUAUAA